AAACCAGGGCAGGCAGGAGGAGGAUGAACUCUGGGCCACCAUGGAGCGCAAUUUCACUGGUCCCGAUGAGUACCAGAAGCACUUCAUGCCCAAGGACUACCUGGCAACCUACUACAGCUUUGAGUGUGGCUCCUCUUCUGAGACAGAGAUGGUCAAGUUUAAUCUGCAGUGUCUCCACCAGACUUUUGGCCCAGGUGGCCUCCGAGGAAAAACACUGAUUGAUGUCGGCUCAGGCCCUACCAUCUACCAAGUGCUGGCUGCCUGUGAGGCCUUCAGCGACAUUACUCUUUCCGACUUCACGGACCGAAACAGGGAGGAGCUGCAGAAAUGGCUGAGCAAGGAUCCUGGGGCCUUUGACUGGACCUUGGUGCUGAAAUUUGCCUGUGAGCUGGAAGGAAACAGCAGCCGCUGGCAGGAGAAGGCUGAGAAGCUCCGGGCCACCGUGAAGAGGGUACUCAAGUGUGAUGUGAACAUGAGCAACCCACUGGCGCCAGUGGAGCUGCCACCUAUGGACUGUGUGCUCACCCUGCUGGCCAUGGAGUGCGCCUGCAGCAGCCUGGCCGCCUACCGGGCUGCACUGUGCAACCUUGCCUCUCUGCUCAAGCCGGGUGGGCACCUGGUGACCAGCAUCACGCUGCAGCUUUCUCACUACAUGGUGGGGAAGCGUGAGUUCUCCUGUGUGUCCUUGACGAAGGAGGAGGUGGAGCAGGCUAUCCUGGAUGCUGGCUUGGAUAUCGAGCAGCUUCUGCACAGUGCCCAGAGCUACUCUACCACCACGGCUCCCAACAAGGGAAUCUGCUUUAUUGUGGCCCGAAAGCGGCUUGGGCCUUAAGCCAAGGGGUCAGCCAGGGGUCCCUGAGCCAUGAUGGCAGGGGUUAGAAAUGGGAGAUGUCGAACAACCCCUGCUUUCAACACUCACCUUCUACCCUCUAAAGUCUAGGUUCUAGCACCCUGGUUUAGAGAUCUAAGUUUCCAACACAGCUUCUCCUCUACUCCUAGGAAUGUCCCGCUUCUAAUAUCCUGAGCUCUCUGACUCCUGUGCAACUCUAGCGCGCCCAAGACCAUUUCAGUUUUCACCCAGGUAGCAAAGACAAGGACAGUGUCCUGUUGACAGCGUUGUGUUGGGGAGUGUUUCAAAACCAGCUCAUCAGAUUGUCUCCCUGGUGUAAGAAUCUGAAAGAGCAGAUACAACCUGGAAGCUGUGACAGAUACUGUGAAAGGGAAAGAAG